AUGUCUUCGUCGCUGAACAAAGACGAACUGACGAUAAGCACAGAGAUUGAGGACCACGACUCUUAUCCGCACGCGAUGCAAAUGAUUUCCGUUACCGCCAGACAUUCCAAACACGAAACUGUUGCCUCAUUAGUGGCAUGGCGGCUCGUUCGGUCGCGCUUUGGCGACGGUUUCCUGCAAAUGCUUGACGAGGACCACGAAGAGCUCCACCAGUUCUCGACUACACUCUUUGACAAGUAUGGCCGCGUUCAGCAACAUCUAAUCGAGCCAGGAUACCACAGCGGAAGUGGGUGUUGGGGAAAGGAGUUGAACGUUGGCAACUUGUUCUACAUCUUCUCGGUCUCUGUGAAGGAGCCCUUUUCGUGGUCAAGGAAUAGGCUCGUGGAUCCUCGACAAGUUCCUGCAUUCGGACAAUAUCCAAGAACAGGACAUCGUAACUUGCUGGCCGUCGCCCAUGGAAUCACUUCCGUCGCAUUGGACGCACUGUUUUUUUUCGGCUAUUCGUCAAACAACAACCACCCAUCUCGUCGUAUCCCCGUUGAAGAAGAUGUUCCAGCACUGGAUGACAACUACGGCGCCGUCCCCGACCCUGACAGAACGAGACUCGAAUUUCCGCUGCAUGCUGCUAUCCAUGACAAAUCAAGCCAGGUCGCCGAUACGAUUCAGUCCUACUAUGACAACGAUCCAUCCAGUGUCCAUGCAUCUGACGCGAAUGGCUUCACUCCCCUUCAUAUUGCAGCGGGACGAGCUAAUGUUGUCGCGGUCCGCAAGCUUCUGAGCUGGGACAUGCGUGCAGACCUUGUGAAUGUAGGGAAUGUGAACGGUGUGACCCCUCUGGAAUUGCUGAAGCUGACCAUGCGCUCCGACCGCGACUUUUCGGAGACGAUCCUGGAUAACUGGAAAGGGUACUCGGUCGAUUCGCUUGAAGCAGAGUUUCUACUCAAACAAGGGAUGGGUUUGCCGGUCGAAGGCACGCUUGAACGGCAUAUCGAGAAGAGCCGGUAUGGCUGCACUUGUGGCGGAUGUAUAGGCGGCUGGAUGUCACCUCGCAUGCGUUUUCAGUUGAUGUGCCAAGCGGGUUAUGCGAAAGAUGUGAUGCCAGACCAAUACCGCAGUUUCAAGCGCGGCCAGCCUGCCGACCUCGAUGACUGCCUCCUCAUGUACUCCGAGUAUAUUCCCCGUCGCUUCCAGUCUGACUUCUUCCUCUCGUUCUACAAGGGCUACUGUGAGCUGUUCAGCAUCGUAUACGACCUUCUCGAGUCCACGCCCGAAAUACUCUCGGCGGCGGCUGUCGGCGCCCGUUUCUUGUUCAACUCCGGUUUCUAUUUCCAAAAGGGCGGUAGAGUCGAGUUUGUUUUCGACGCCAUAACCGAUGCGGCCUACCAGCAGUCUGCGCUCGGCGACGGCGAGCACGAAAACACGUUUGAGGAUAACGAGAGCUGGACGGGCCUCCCGACUUGCGCCAACGAUCUCGAGUUCCGUUUGGUCCGUUCGAUGCUGGGCUUGAAUCCAAGAGAGGAGUGGGGCCCUUAUAAUGGCGAUAGCGGCCAUUUCGAUUCUGAUUCUGACUGGUAA